CGCGAGAACACAGCUCGCAGAAGGAGAUGGGGAGAAAUGAGGUCUGAAAAGGACCAAAUGGCCGUGGACAAGGAGAAAAGCGUCGAGAUACAAUUUAGGGACAUUCCGAGAGAGCAGGAGAACACGGUCGGUAACCUCAAACAAAAAGAAGAGAAGAAGGAGGUCUUCUCAAAGGUUGUGAUCAGAAGACUGCCACCAAACCUUUCCAGAGAACAGCUUGAAGAACAACUGAGUCCGCUCCCAUCCUACGAUUACUUUGAGUUCUUCUCUGCAGAUCAAAGUCUUUAUCCCCACCUUUUCUCCAGAGCGUAUAUCAAUUUCAAAAACACUGAGGAUAUCGUGUUGUUCAGGGAUCGAUUUGACGGAUAUGUCUUUAUUGACAACAAAGGUCAGGAAUAUCCAGCCGUGGUGGAGUUUGCCCCCUUCCAGAAGAUUUCCAAGAAGAAACUGAAAAAGAAGGAUGCCAAAACUGGAAGCAUUGAAGAAGACCCAGAAUACAGGCGAUUCCUGGAGAACUACUCCUGCGAUGAGGAGAAGUCUAUGGCCAACCCCGAGACUCUACUGGGGGAGAUAGAAGCCAAAACCAAAGAGCUUAUAGCCAAACGGACAACACCCCUACUGGAGUACAUAAAAAAUAAGAAAAUUGAAAAACAGAGAAUAAGAGAGGAGAAAAGAGAGGAGAGAAGAAGAAGAGAGCUGGAGAAGAAACGACUAAGGGAAGAGGAGAAGAGAAAGAGAAGAGAAGAAGAGAGGCGCAAGCGAAAAGAGGCAGACAAGCAGAAGAAGCUGUCAGAUAAGGACAUCAAAAUUAAGCUCCUGAAGAAAACUGACAGAGAUGACGAUGCCGAUUCCGACCGAAUGAAGGACAAGAACGACUCCGGGGAGGCAGACAGGGGCAGAUGGGAGAAAACUGGAGGACAAAUGAAGUCAAAGGAAUCCAAAGAAAAAGGGCAGCACGAGAGCGAGAAGGAGCAGAGAGAGCAGCACGGCCGCAGGCAGAGAGACAAAGAUUACCGCGGCAAAGAUGAGGAGAGGAAACGGCAGCAGCACCACUACGACUUUGACAAGUUCAUGAGGAGGAAAGAUGAAACAAAGUGGGGAAAGGGCUACUGCCAAGACCGGGCCAAGAAAGAAGGCCACCACCAUGGAUUCUCUUACUGCGCUGACGGCGGAGACAAACUGGGAAAGGAGGAGAGGGAGGAGCUGAGUAACAGGAAGGAACGCCUCCGAAACAAGGUGAGCGAGAAGGACCGUCCAGCCAUGCAGCUCUACCAGCCCGGGGCUCGCAACAGGAAGCGCAUGAGCUCAUCCAGCAAAGCCUAUGACUGCAUCCAUUUGGGCCACUCACCCGAACAUGAAGCGGAUCAUUGCUAUGAGGUUGUUACCAUGGUAAUGGGGCUGGAUAGGGGCUUUGAGAAAAGCAAAGAUGAACAGUAAUUGUCAAAAUAUUAAUAGGAAGGAGAAUAUAAGUUGUUUUUUUAGGGUCAUGUUAAUGUAUUGACUGGUUGUCAUUUGGCUUUUAACUUUAAAAGAUACAAAUACCUUAAAAAGCAGACUACUUUGUUGUAGCGUUUUGUUUGUGUUAUGAGGAAACCUUUAACUAUGUUUCCCUUUUAAGCAUGAUUUAUUUAAGCCCAAAUGGUUUAAAAGUGGACAUAAAAUGUGGGCCCCGAUUGGGUUUGACUGCAGUUUCCGUGGUGGCCCCACCUGUGUGUGCCCACACUGGCUUAAGUAGGCCCCGCCUCCCAGGUCUUCAGAGCAAGCAAGCCACGCCUCCCAGGAUUCAGCAGUGCUACGGGCGCUGCACCAGGAUGCUGGUCCCUGGGGAGUGGAGCACACCCAAGCCCAUGUGGGGAAACAGAGGUGGGGCCACCAUUGAAACUGUGGACAAACCCAAUCGGGGCCCACAUUUUCCGCCCACUUUUAAACCAUAUGGGGCCCUUUUGGCCGAGCUGGCUGGGUACUGUUACAUCUCAGAAAAUGAAAUAUCUUGAAAAAGUUCAAUAUUUUCUGUCUGAUUUAAAAAGUGAAACUCAAACAUAAUGUAGAAUUAUUACAUAUAUGUUUAUUUAUAAACACAAAAAACAAAAUUUAGUGUCACAGAAAAAUAAAAUAUAUUAGACCAGUCAAAAUGUUUUUUAAGAAUAAACUUUAACUUUCAUAAAAUAAAGCUAAUUUUAUGUUCAUGAUGUAUUGGUCACCUUUUGAUUUAUCCCAUCAGGACCCAAAGACCAAGAAAGUAAAGGUUGUGUCCAAAUUUCUUUACUACUUAUUGCACUAUGUGGCACGUUUACCAUUCUGUAGUGGUCUCCGAAUCUGCAAUCACGAUCAAGGCUUUAGAAAUUUCCCAUUUUAACUUAUUUUUUAAUAGCCAUCCAGGUUUUCAUGAUCAGAACACAGUGGGAUCCUAUAUAAUAAUAAUUUUUCCGAUUUUUACAUUAAAUUUUGUGUUUUUAAAACGAACAACAAAAAAAGUAGCAAGCACAGUGUUUGAAUUGCAUUUAAAAAGCAAUUGCCGUGGGCAAGCUAAAGUCUCUCUUCUCAGCUACAAUUCUGAAGCAUCCACUUGUAGACAAAUAGAUCCAUUAACAUUUUCAUUUUUCUCCUCAAAAACUGUACGGCUAAAUACCUAUGAAAUUGCUCAUAGUUUUGGGGUUUUUUUUGGCAUGCUAAUGUUAGCUUGGUUUAUAAGGUGCUAUAAGCUAGCAGUUGAGACUGUAAACAAAGGGCUGUUGGGAAAUUAGCCGUAGCCUAACUUCCCAGAAGCAAAUUUUUAAUGAGCUCCUUCUGCACUACAGAAAAUAUGUCUUAAAAAACAACAACAUCUUUUGAUUUGGCUAAGAUCAUAAUUAAAAGACCACUGUGGAAGAUUGUUUAAUAGAAAAAGAUAUAGUUGGAGUGGGAUUAAAAGGCUAACAAAAGCUUCACAGGUGUUUUGAGUUAAUGGGCUGAUUAGGGUGACAUAAUGACAUUUUUGACAGUAUUCUAUUCCUGACAUGCUGAACUUUUACUUUUUUAAAACCUAUAAGUUAAAAUCAUCAAUAUGAAAAUAAAGACUUUAAGUAAUUCACAUUAUGUGUAAAUAUAUAAGUUUCACUUUUUGAAUUUAUUUAAAAAAAUGAUUGUGAACUUUUUGACAAUUGCUUUUAUGAAAUGUACAAAAUAAAGCAAGUAAUGGUGAAGAAAAACAGCACAAACAAUUUAAAAAUGUAUUAGUAUUAAUAUGUUUUGUCACAUCCCAUAAACUGUCUGGUUUCAGCAUCUUGAAUUUUUUUUUGUAAUUUUUUCUAGCUAAUUAGCUGUGUUUUUGUUUUCUUGGAAAGGAUGGCAUCUCUUAAUUAGCAUCCAUCAACAGUUUAACUUUGAUCUGUGUGAUUGACCUUUUCGUUUAAACGUUCCCAUUGUCUGCUCAAUUUGAGUUUCUGAUUAUAAUAAAUUAUAUUCAAAAGUAAAAAAAAAAUAAA